GCGCUCCUUUCUGCUCACACACACUUACACUCACACACACGCGGAACACAGAGCGUUCGCUCACUCAGUCCGGAUCCGACACACACAGAGAGAAGAAUUUUAUAUUCGACGCGAAAAAAAAACAAAACGCAGGUGAAGAAGAUGAAGACCGCGUGUCAGCUGCUCAGCCUCCUGUUCUUGUUCACCAGCUUGCGCGUGGAGGAGCUGGAUGCGUGCUCGUGCGCUCUCACGCACCCGCAAGACGCGUUCUGCAACUCCGACAUCGUGAUUCGAGCCAAAGUGGUGGCGAAGAAGUUGCUGAAGGAUGGACCGUUCGGCACCAUGCGCUACACCGUCAAGCAGAUGAAGAUGUACAAAGGAUUCAACAAAAUCCAGCACGUCCAGCACGUCUACACGGACGCUUCGGAGAGCCUGUGUGGAGUCAGGUUCGACAUCAACAAGUACCAGUACCUCAUCACAGGUCGCGUGUACGACGGAAAGGUUUACACGGGGCUCUGUAACUUCAAUGAGAGGUGGGAAGCCCUGUCCCUGGCCCAGAAGAAAGGAAUGAACCAUCGCUACCAGCUGGGCUGCAACUGCAGGAUUAAGCCGUGCCACUAUCUGCCCUGCUUCGUGACCUCAAAGAACGAGUGCCUGUGGACGGACAUGCUUUCGCACUUCGGCUACCCCGGCUACCAGUCCCGGCACUACGCCUGCAUCCAGCAGAAAGAGGGCUACUGCAGCUGGUACCGGGGCAUGACCUCGCGCGACAAAACGAACAUGAACACCACGGACCCUUGAAAAGACCCCUUUCUAAAAACCUAUAAAAAAAACCCUACAAAAAUAUAGAUUUUAUUCUAACCCGUCACCGCCCAUCCAAAAACCAUUGCCCCGCCCCCUCACAUCACAUGCUCCGCCCCCUCACCUGCCCUGCCCACCCUGCUCAAGGGUCCCCUUCCUUGUUUUCCGAAUGUGUCGAACGACAAUGUUAUUGAUGCCUGUGGUAGCACUUUAGAGGUGAACCGUGUUUGUAACCGUGACAUAUCGCCGAGGCGGUCUCCACGGAUACGCGGGCCGCAACGCCCUCGACGGAGAGACAAGAAACGAGAAAUGAAAUUGGGGUUAGAAAAAAAAACUAAACAAAACAAAAAAGCAGGUCUCGUCAUAAAUUGCCAUAAAUACGGUUGCGUUAUUAUUAUUAUUAUUAUUAUUAUUAUUAUUAUUAUUAGUUUCUGCCGAUUUCUUGUCUCAGUUUUCAGUUCGCUUUUGAGAAUGCACUAAACGGUCGCUUCAAAAAUAUUUGGUCACUCUUAAUCGUAAAGCAAUAAGUGCUACUGUGAAACGCGAUCCGGUCCGGUUCCCGGGGAUCCGUGUGCCUGCCGUCAGCAUUUACGAAAGCAAUACGAAAGCGGUCCUCGCACCGAUUCGAGUGGUAUUUUUAUUUUUCGCUGAUUUCGAACGUGACGAGGAAACUGUAUAGACCCACAGUGUAUACUGUAUAAUAUCUAUCUAUCUAUCUAUCUAUCUAUCUAUCUAUCUAUCUAUCUAUCUAUCUAUCUAUCUAUCUAUCUAUCUAUCUAUCGCCUGUCUCGGAGUUUUCGUGCUGUAGUUGUUCCGCUUUCCCGUAAUAUAAUCUCCUGCGUUCGAUGUUUUAUUUGUUUGAAAUAGUCGAUGAAUAAUAAUGAUAACAGAGUUAUAAUGUAUAUUUUUUACAGAUAAUAAUGAAAAAAAAAGCGCACGUUUUCGGGGAUGGAGGGAGGGUCCGGUCGAGUUUUUAUUUCGGAUCCUUUUUCUUUUAUGGUAUAAGCUAAAAAGUAAAAAAUGAAUAAAAACGAUGACCCGAUUAAAACCUCUGUGGGGAUAAUGCGUCUAAAACGAUCUAAAAAAAAUCCUACACGUGUACAAAGAUGGCGAUUAUGUGAUAUGAUGGUACUUUAAUGUUUCGGAACAAAAAAAAUAAAUAGAAAGCGCUACCAGAGGUUUUAGUUCGAAAAUGUGCAAAAGUAUUGGGACACUUUUCUUUUUUUUCUUUUUUUUUUUUCUUUUUUCUUUUUUUUUUGCGUCUGUUUUUUUUCCCUCCCGACACCGUUAUCACUCGUGGCUGAAGGCGCACAAUUUUACAGGACGAUUUUCCCGAACCUGUACAAGUGCUGCUAUAGAGUCACCCAAACCCAACACCUUUGGAAUAAAAAUGCACCACCAGAGGUUAUUAUAACACCAAAAUGGGACUCGAUGUGAAACGGAAUGUUGAAAAUGCUCGGGUGUCCGCAAACUUUUGCCCAACAAUGUAUUUUGAAGCAUACAGAUUUUAUUUUUUUUUUUAUAUUCACUGUAUAAUCUGACAGUACAAUCUUCCGUUCAUUCCUCUGUAUGAGGUUACGAUGUCUCGGGUGGAGAAAUGAAUAAAUAAGUCAACCGCUAAUUGGAACGUCGGGAAAACCGUCCAAAAUCAUUUUGUAUUUAUGGAUAUAAUCCGGCGAUUGGGAAAAAUCCCGAGGCAUCUUAAUCUCUGUCUUGUAUUAGAUCAUAUAUGUGUUAGUGUGUAUGUAUGUAUGUGUGUGUGUGUGUGUGUGUGUGUGUGUGUGUGUAUAUAUAUACACUGAUUUGUAAGGGGAAAUGUCUUGUAGGAGCUUACAGAAGCGUAAGAUGAUUUUGAAUUUCUCUUUUAUAUUUUUAUAAUAAAAAUUUAAUGAAAAGUG